ACCUGUUUUCUCAGCUGAUAGUACACCAUCAAAGGCCCAGCCAAGCCAAGCAAGCACAGAGACUCUAGAGAGGACAACUUGCAUGUGUGUGUAAAAGUGUGUCCGGAUCAAGUACGGAUAAAAGCAGGCUCCUCAGCCACACUCCGACACUCGCAAACAAGUGGAUGCAAACAUUUGAAACCAUUUAAAGGAGUUGCCAUAGGACUGUGUAAUCAUUUGAGGGGAUACUUUGUGUGCGGGACUUUUGAACACUCAUCAUGACUGAAAAGGAAACCACGCCCAAGACUCAGGCCAGCCCCAUGAAAGAUUUCAUCGCCGGGGGGUUUGGCGGGAUCUGCACGGUCCUCUCGGGUCAUCCUUUCGACACUAUCAAGGUACGUCUCCAAACCAUGCCCAAUCCCAAACCUGGGCAGCCUCCCAUGUACACGGGAACCGUGGAUUGUGUCAUGAAGACGGUCAAAUUGGAAGGUGUCACGGGACUUUACAAAGGAAUGGGCGCACCUUUGGUCGGCGUGGCUCCGAUAUUUGCCCUGAGUUUCAUGGGCUUUGGUCUGGGCAAGAAACUCCAACAAAAUCAUGCGGAUGAGCAAUUGAACAACGUCCAAUUGGGCAUUGCAGGAGGAAUUUCUGGAAUUCUCACCACGGUCGUCAUGGCUCCAGGAGAGCGGAUCAAGUGCUUACUCCAGGUCCAACAAGCUAGCACUGGACCGGCCAAGUAUUCUGGACCAGUGGAUGUGGCGAAAUCUCUGUACCGAGAAGGUGGAUUGAAAAGCAUUUACAAGGGGACCUGCGCCACCCUCCUCCGAGAUGUUCCCGCCAGUGCAGCCUAUUUUGGAUCGUAUGAGAUCAUCCAAAGGAGUUUGGUCCUGAAGGAGGCGAUCGAUCCCAGUUGAGCUUGGACGAACAAUUUUGGCCGGGGUAUGGCUGGUAUUUUCAACUGGAUGGUUGCCAUUCCGCCUGAUGUGAUCAAAAGCCGGCUUCAAACUGCCCCGGAAGGAACUUAUAGUGGCGUACGAGAUGUGUUCCGCCAUCUGAUGAAAGAGGAGGGUGUGCGAGCCCUUUACAAGGGUUGCGUACCUGUUACUCAGGCCUUUCCAGCCAAUGCCUGUUGCUUUUUGGGUUAUGAGGUUGCCAUGAGUGGGAUGAGCUCUUUGGACUCUAAGACGUUUAACCUGGCGCCUCUUCAGAAUGACAUGGUCCUUGAUGACUCUUGAGCAUUUAAAAUGACAUUCUGGCUUGCCUGUAAUGCAACUAUUAUCAAAUUUGUAUUGGUUUCUGUUGUUGCUAGUUGGUUUUAAUAAAUA